AUUCACAUGGGUGGAGCGGAAAUGGUCUCGGGUCUUGCAUCACGCAAGAAUCGUGACAAAGCACGAUUAAGCGCUCAGAUCAGUAAAUUCUUCCGACAUAGUACAUCAUUAGAAAUGUGCUAUUUUUAACAAUUGACUAGGGCCUGAGGUCAAAAACAACAUACAUUAUCAAGAAAAAGGACCAUAUUGUCUGAACUGAAGAGAAAUACCAGAACUAAUGAACGAAUCAGUGAACGAACCACUGAAAGACUUGGAAAGACUGGAAGAAAGGAGAGGGAAUCUUGCCUUUAUACGGACUGCCAAGAAAAAGACAUUACGUCAUUUUGUGGUCAUGAUAGCGAGGGCCAGAAACUGACCAAUGAAAACGCUCGUUCUAUUACAUAUAGCAAGAAGCCAUCUUGAAAAUAAUGUAGACAGGUGAAAUCAUGGCGAAAUUUUGACAACUGCUGCAGAUCCUCAAAAAAACAUUAGAUGGGAAAUGAGCUUCGGAGAAAUCAUAACUCUGAAUGUUGGUGGACGAAAGUUUUCAACUUCCAAGCAGACUUUAACAUGGAUUCCAGACUCAUUUUUUUCAAGUUUACUAAGUGGAAGAAUUUCGUCUCUAAGAGAUGAGACAGGAGCGUCGUACCCCUUGGAGGUUCAAAAAAAUCAGGAUUCCACUGUAUUGACAGAAGUACAUAAUUAUUUACAUGUGUUGAUUUGCUUUGUCUUUGUAGCUAAGCGGCUAGCUUUGUGUGAAGAAGUCUCUCAUUCCAAAUGUGGUGAUGUGCUGUUCCAUGGAUAUCUUAACCCUCCAGAGUUUCCACUUCCUUCCAUGUCAAGACACUCUUCGUCAUCUGCUCUCACGAGAAGAAGCUCUGCAUCAACUGUAAUAAGUGCAUCACGGUAUGAAACUAAUGCCCCUUCUUACCGAGAUUUUGGCAUCAGAGAAGUGCCUGAUGAUGAUGAGGUUGUAGCUGUGGAUGUAGAUCCCAGAAGAGUGUUGAUGGUGAUCGGUCAUCACAGCUUUGUAGCAGUGGCUUUUGCACAUUGUGUGUUCUGCUACAGAUCUAAGGAUUCUGUUGGUUGGGAGCUGAUUUUUUCCACUCCUUAUCUGGUGCACUGUGUAGAAAAAAUGGCACUCAAUGCCAAAGUGACGUCCAGUUCUCUUGGGGAUAAAAUGCUGGCAGUUUCAUCUGUGGGUAAAAUUCGUUUAUGGAGCUUCACUACAACAGACCAUAUUCAAGGUGUUGUGAAAUUUGAAAUUGGAACAUUUGAUUUAACUGUUCCUGUAGAUGCUCUGUUUUUCAUUGGAAGCCAGCUUGUGGCUACAAGCCACACAGGCAAGAUUGGUGUGUGGAAUUCCAUGACUCAGCAUUGGCAGAUCCAGGAUGUAAUGCCUAUCUCCAGCUAUGACACUGCAGGUUCUUUCCUUCUUCUUGGAUGUACAAAUGGUUCUAUUUAUUACAUUGAUAUGCAGAAGUUUCCACUGAGAAUGAAGGAUAAUGAUCUUCUGGUGACUGAACUUUAUAAAGAUCCCAAUGAGGACAUGGUGACGGCACUCAGCGUGUACUUGACACCUAAGACGUGUUUAAGUGGCAAUUGGAUUGAGAUAGCAUAUGGUACAAGCUCAGGAACAGUGCGAGUGAUUGUUCAACAUCCAGAGACAGUAGGUCAUGGACCUCAACUCUUCCAAACAUUCAUGGUUCAUCGAAAUCCCGUCGUGAAGGUCAUGCUUAGCGAAAAGAAUCUCGUCUCCAUUUGCUCAGAAUACAAUCACGUGCGCUCGUGGAACGUGACACGCUUUCGCGGCAUGAUCUCCACGCAGCCCGGUUCCACGCCCCUGGCGUCUUUCAAUGUUGUUUCUCUUGAGGCACAGGACGCACAUCCUAGCUCAUCAGCUGGCAGCGUCAUCGGUCCAUUCGGCGAGCGUGACGAUCAACAAGUGUUUAUUCAGAAGCUUGUACCGGACACGGAUCACGUGAUCGUACGGUUCUCUUCCACAGGGAAAAGGAUCUGCACAAUUCGCUCAGUGGACGGCAGUAAUAUCACUUCAUAUUGCGUGCACGAAUGUGACGCCUCGAGCAGAAUGGGUUCCAGACCCCGGCGAUUCCUGAUAACAGGCCAUUCAAACGGAUGUAUUCAAAUGUGGGACCUGACAACAGCACUAGAGAUUGCCUCCAAGCUGCCUGGCGAAAACACAGAGCGUGACGAUAUUGGUAAUGUCACACAAGGAGAACUGUUACGGACACUCGAACAAUGUGACCUCAGUGCGUCACGCUGCACGACGCCCUCCAUGUCGCCAGCCACGUCACUGCUGCACACAAAUCUCACGGGCUCGCGCCUCAAACUCUCGUACUCAUGCCCUAGCUUGGGCGAAGAUGACCGCGAAGAGGCUGGUGCCAGCGGAGGAAAGUCCAAAUAUGGCAUUCUCAUCUCGCAGUGUUAGAGUCUAAAAUAUAGGAGCAUACUAUAGAGAACAGGCGCGAAAUACAGUGAAUUUAUAGCCGUAGCCGGCUUUAAAUAUUUAAACCUAACCACGUUGGAUUAGACAGUGAAACGCACAGGCUAGUGGAAAAGUUCAGUUCUCGUAUGUUUCAAUUUCUCGAUGAUUUGUGAAAUCUAUAAAAUUGGGAAAACGCACUCGUUUUCAUUAUUGAAUUGAUUGUAUUAUCAGAAGGAGAGUCGUGCACAAUGUUUGAGUUUGAUAUCGGUGUUUGCUGUCAUUUGGACUCGAGAGAUACGCCAAAAAUGUUGAGAAAAACUGUACAAAGUUGCAAAAGCGAAAUAUUCCUAGUCUCGUGUGAUUCCGCGUGAACUUGACCCUGGUUUGGACGAUUGAAAAAUGUUUUCCUCUUGUCACUCUCACACUCUGAACCAGGCUCCUAGUUAUUUUUCAAAAUGAAAUUACCACGAAACGUUAACAUGGGUGAGAUAUUAUUUGAAAUUUCUUAUCAACGUCGAAGCAAAAUUACAAUUCGCGGGGCCAAAUUUUCGUUUCUUGAUGAUGGCUUUGAAAAGCAAUACAACGAAGGUCCAGCCCGAAUUGGAGAAUUAUACAAUUACAUUGAAGGUUUCUACUGCAUGAAAACUACUGCGAGGUGUCAUGAUAUGAGCCCGCGAUUUUCGCAUUUUAAGUUUCUAAGCAACAAACGUGCCCCUAUCGCGUCAUGUCACCUAACAGCUAUUGUAGUUCUGGUGUUUGUUUACGCUGUUUUUUGAUUGGAUGAGAGGAAUCGGAAGCUCUUGAAGUCAGUCAGCAUGGAACUUAAAGGAGCUACGUCACGGUUGAAAAGUUAAGCCUGAAUUAUUUCAAGCUUGUUGUUUGUAAUCCG